AUGAAAGUCUACGUGUACGAAAACCCUCGUUCGCUGGCGCUGGUGUCGGAGAAGUAUGCGCUGGUGUUCCGGUAUGCGACGCCGACCGACGACAAGAACCGGCCCCGGUGCAUUGUGGAGUUUGCGCCGAUUGAGAAGAUUGAUUUCCGCAAGCACCGGGCGCUGUCGCCGCUCGAUUGCCACGGAUUUUUGGGUCUCAUCAACAUUUCAAGCGACGUCUUUUUGUGUGUGAUCACCGCCAAGUCGCUGGUGGCUUCUCCUCGGCCUGGAGAAACCAUCAACCGGGUGGUGGGUGUGGAGUUCCAUUGUCUCAACAGAAACACUUGGGACUUUGUGACGCUGGACCUCAACGGUUAUCCUAUUGAUUUGCACGACCAGGCCAGCAGUUCUGGCAUCACCGAGCACCCCUGCACACAGCUUCGAAAGAUGCUCACCAACUCAUCCUUCUACUACUCGACGGACUUUGAUCUCACGUCGUCCAUGCAGACCCGAGGCACUGCCCAGCCCGCCAGCAUGCGCAAUCCCGCCGGUCAGGUCAUUUCAACCCUCGAGUCGUCCGACGCCUCCUUCCUGUGGAACUCGUACAUGAUGACGGAGCUCGUCAAGUUCAGAGACAACUUGCCCGACUUUGAACGCAGCGAGUUGGACAAGUGCGGCUUUUUGACCACACUGAUCCGGGGCUUUGCCGAAACGGUCAACACGCGGAUCGGUAACUACGACGAGAACCCCAUCUCGUGCCGACUCACCAUUGUGUCCAAACAAUCAUGUCGAAUGGCCGGUACCCGGUUUCUGGCCAGAGGUAUCGAUGAUGACGGCUUUGUCGCCAACUUUGUCGAGACAGAAACGAUCCUGUACACAGAACGAGGCCAGGCGCAGAUUGUGUGCGCAUUUCUGCAGGUGCGAGGCUCGGUGCCUUUCUUCUGGGAACAGGACUCCCAGCUGCUCAGCAACAAGGUGCAGAUCACCCGGUCCAUUGACGCGGCACAGCCGGCAUUCGAGCGACAUAUGGACUACCUGUGUAACAAGUAUGGCUCCAUCCACGUGGUCAACCUGCUCUCUCGUGAAAAGUCGCACGAAAACGAACUCACCCAGCGAUACCAUGGCCAUAUCAAGAAGCUCAACGAGGCAGGAGGCUCGCAUUCCACCGACCCUGCUUCUGGAUCGUCUCGAGGAGGUCUUGUGGCCGUGACCGACUUUGAUUUUCACCACGAAGUCUCUAAGCAGGGCUACUCUGCUGCUACUCGUGUUCUCAACCGGGUCAUUGACGCCAUGGAGGAGUACGGCUUUUACUCUGCCGACUCUUCCAGUCCCAAUGUGACUCUCCAGAACGGUGUUUUCCGAACAAACUGUCUGGACUGUCUGGAUCGAACCAACAUGAUCCAGCAGGUUAUUUCUCGUCAGGCCCUUCAGAUCUUCCUGGAUCGAAACCAUCUCGGCUGCAACCCCGAUUUUUGGAGCAAACAUAACAUCUUGUGGGCCGAUAACGGCGAUCAGCUGUCCCAGAUUUACGCUGGAACCAACGCUCUCAAAACCAGUUACACUCGGUCCGGAAAGAUGAACCUGGCUGGAGCUCUGGCCGAUGUGACAAAAUCCGUGGGACGUCUGUACAUCAACAACUUCACCGACAAGACGAAACAGAACACCACGGACGUUCUUCUCGGCCGACUCUCGGACCAGGAGGGAAUUCUCUUGUACGACCCAAUCAACGAUUUUGUGGUCAAGGAGCUGGAGCGCCGAAAACUCGAGUUCUCGUCCACCACCAACAUCAAGGUAUUUGCUGGCACCUUCAAUCUCAACGGCGAGCUGUCUGAUGCCGAUCUCGCGGGCUGGUUCUUCCCUCCCAAGUCUGCGAAGGAGCUUUCUGGGGGCGCAGGUUUUGAUGUGCAUGACGACUUGCCCUCCAUUGUGCUCGUGGGCUUUCAAGAAAUCGUCCAGCUGACGCCCGGACAGAUUCUGAAUGCGGAUCCGGGCAAAAAGGAGUUCUGGGAGAAGCGUGUGGAGGCUGUUCUCAACACGCGCGACGAGUACGUGCUUCUGCGGUCUCACCAGCUGGUGGGAACUGCUCUGUUGCUGUUUGUAAGAAAGGCCGAAGUUGGCUUUGUCAAGAACAUUGAGGGAGCUAUCAAGAAGACUGGUCUUGGAGGUAUGGCCGGAAACAAGGGAGGAGUGGCUGUGUCGUUUUCAUACGCCAACACCCGGUUCUGCUUUAUUACCGCGCAUCUUGCAGCCGGUACUUCCAACAUUGAAGAGCGUCAUCACGAUUUCAAGACGCUCAAUACCGGUCUGCGGUUCUCGAGAGGUCUCACAAUCAAGGACCACGACUGUGUUAUUUGGUUGGGAGACUUCAACUACCGAAUUGAUAUGGAUGGAGAUGUGGUGCGUCAGAUUGUGGCCAAAAAGGAAUAUGGUCUGCUGUUUGAACACGAUCAGCUCAACAGACAGAUGGUGCUUGGAGAAACGUUCCCUUACUACAACGAGAUGGAGAUCAACUUCCCCCCUACGUACAAGUUUGACAACGGAACAGCCACCUACGACACCUCUGAGAAGUUCAGAACUCCUUCGUGGACUGACCGAGUGCUGUACAAGGGCACUGGUCUGCGGGGCAUCAACUACGGUUGUGUUUCAGACCUGCUGUUCUCGGACCAUAGACCCGUCUACGCCGAGUUCAACGCCCAGAUUCUCAUUGUUGACCAGAAACGAAAAGCCGCACUUGGAAAGGAGCUGUACGACAAGCGUCGAAGCGAAAUGGGCGGCUCCAACGAUCUCAUUUCGCUGUCUGAUCUCAACGAGGUUACCCUCACCCACGGUCUGCCUCCUCCCUCUACUGACGCGCGAAAGUGGUGGAUCAGUGGAGGCCAGACUGCCAAGGUUCCCAUUGUUCCCCCCGCCAAGGGCAUGAUUCUCAACCCCAAGAAAAUCAACCCGUUCGAGGGCGAUCUGCCCGACUUCGUCGACAAGCCUGCUCUUCCCCCGCGACGAAAACCCAUUGGAAGUCCGCCCGUGAAACCGAUGCCCAAACCCAAGCCUUCGUCUCUUCGCUCGGCCUCUGCUGUCAGCGCCACUGCUCCCCAGCUCCCCAUUCCGGAGCUGUCGCAAACCUCUCUGCUAGACAUGCCCAUUGGCCCCAUUGAGAGCCAGAGCAGCGCAGGACAGAGCAGCAGCACCGAGAAGAGUUUGCUUGACUAG